UGGACCGCCUGAAGGGGGCGCUGCGAGCUGUCCUGACAGACUGUUCGCCAAAUGGUGAUCGAUUGUGCCGCUGCUCUGUCUCAUACAAAGACGAGGACACACACAACCAUAGCAGAUACGAAUAUGUGCCGCAAAGAAUUCAUAAAUGUGAAAAAGUCAUUUUUUCAAAGGAGCAAAUAUCGUCAUUUUAAAAUUAUUUUGUCAUAUCUCACUUAUGUCUCAGUUUUUAUGUGACCUUGUGUAAAUUAAUUUUGAGGUUGUUCUGAUGCCGUCUGAAAUCUGCGUUGCACUUCACUGUACAUAUCACGAAACAUAUUCACAUGAGUUCUGGGUCCCUCUGUUGGAGGUGUGGUCUGUCAUUUCUGCGCAGCGGCGAUGUUCAAACCAUAUAUGGAGAACCUUCUGACCAAUGAAUGCCGCACACACAAAGCUUAUGCUUAAUACACACAAUGCAGAUGGCCGCUGCCAGAAAUGUAUGGAUGGAGGAUCACUGUCACACAUUGGUUGUUCAGAUCAGCAAAAGUCACACUGCGAAUUCAUCACCUUUGAACAUUUGAAUAACAACAAGACAUGGCCCCGGGGGGCUCUAUAAAAAGCCGGGGGAGCCGUGGAGUAAGCAGAGCAAGUCGAACCAUCCUCUGAAAACAACCAAAACCGCCACCAUGGGCAAGAUCAUUCUGUUCGAGGAGAAGAACCUGCAGGGGCGCUCCACUGAGCUCACUAGCGACUGCACGGACAUCUCCUCUAUCCUGAGCAGAGUCCAGUCAGUCAGGGUGGAGAGCGGCUGCUUCAUGGUCUAUGAGCGCACCAACUUCCUGGGUAUGCAGGUGUUCCUGAGGAGGGGCGAGUACCCUGACAUCCAGCGCCUCCUGAGCAUGGGAAUCACACUCGACAACAUCAGAUCCUUGCGACUGAUCCCCACUCACAGGGGACCCUUCAGGAUGAGGAUCUAUGAGAGGGAGAACCUUAGCGGCCAGAUGAACGAGUUGGUUGAGGAUUGCGAGUCCAUCCUGGAUCGCUUCCGCAUGUCCGACUGCCAGUCUGUUCAAGUGCUGGAGGGUAACUGGCUGCUGUUCGAGCAGCCCCAGUUCAGAGGCAGGAUGAUUCUGGUCAGGCCCGGCGAGCACAAGAGCGUGUCCAGCAUGGGCCUGAGCAGCAUGAGGAUCAUGAGCAUGAGGCGCAUCACUGACAUGUGCUAGAUUUCUGUAUUUGACUGAAGUGAA